GUUAAAUAACUUCCGGGUCAUUCUGGACAACAACAUGAGAACUUCGCGCGAAGACUCCCUCAAUUCUCCGAAAUAUGUGACAACUGUUUAAUUGCUUUUAAGGAAAUGCCAUUGCAUUACAAGUAUGAAAUACUGGUGACUGUAGUGAGCUGUUAGAGUGUUUAUGCUCUUGGUACGCCUUCUGAACUCCACUUACAACACAUGUGGUUAGCAAGCAACCUAACCUCUGCAGAUCACCGGUAUUAGAUCUUUAUCACUCUGGUAAGCAACAUGACCACCCCAUCCCAAAAAACACGUCCAGCGCCAUCCUUACAUUUCGGCCAAGUGGUCAUCGGUCCUCCUGGCUCGGGGAAAACUACCUACUGCCGAGGGAUGCAGGAGUUCCUGAACAAUCUUGGACGCAAAGUGGUCGUGGUGAACUUGGACCCAGCCAAUGAACACUUGCCAUACGAGUGCGGCGUGGAUAUCUCCGAGCUGGUCACUCUGGAUGAUGUGAUGGAUGGCUUGAAGUUGGGGCCUAACGGAGGACUGAUCUACUGCAUGGAGUACCUAGAAACGAACAUUGACUGGCUUGAGUCCAAGCUGAAGCAGCACCAUGACAGCUACUUUCUGUUCGACUGCCCUGGUCAAGUGGAACUGUAUACCCAUCACAGUGCAGUCAAGAAUGUUUUGGCUCAGCUUACCAAAUGGAACUUCAGGUUGGCCUCAGUCCACCUUGUGGAUUCUCACUACUGUACAGACCCAGCCAAGUUCAUCUCUGUGCUGUGCACGUCUCUGUCUACCAUGCUGCACGUGGAGCUUCCCCAUGUAAACAUCCUCUCCAAGAUGGACCUGAUUGAGCAGUAUGGCAAGCUCGCCUUCAACCUGGACUUUUACACUGAGGUUUUGGACCUGAGCUACCUGCUGGAUCACCUGGCGGCUGACCCCUUCUUCAAGAAGUUCCUGCACCUCAACGAGAAGCUGGCUGAGGUGAUCCAGGACUACAGUCUAGUCUCCUUUGUGCCGCUGAAUGUGCAGGACAGGGAGAGCAUGGUGCAGGUGAUGAGGACGGUGGAUAAGGCCAAUGGCUACUGUUUCGGAGACCUGGAGGAGAGGAACCUACAGGCCAUGAUGUCUGCCGCAGUGGGGGCCGACUUCCAGUUCGAUGCAACUCUUGGAGUGCAGGAGCGCUAUGUGGAGACCAACCAGCAGACGGUGGAGGAGGAGGUCAUGGACCUGUGAGCUGAGGAGAACCAACUGGCACGGUGGAGGAGGAGGUCAUGGACCUGUGAGCUGAGGAGAACCAACAAGCAGACGGUGGAGGAGGAGGUCAUGGACCUGUGAGCUGAGGAGAACCAACUGGCACAGUGCCCUGUGUCUCUGCAGUUUGGAGGAGUGGAGUGGGCCCCAUCAACAAGUGCAUCUGACUGUCAAAGACAAGCAAGUCUGUUUCUCACAGGGGCCGGUUGGAGUUUGGACUCAACAGUCUUAAGAAAUACAGUAGAUGGCUACCAUAGCUCGUCAUUUGUUAAGUUUGCGCCGGAGUAGCAAGAAAGGAUGUGAUCAACAGCCGUGUAAGGAUUUCUUAAAAUAAGACUGUUGUCUGAUUAUCGUGGCGUAAUAUUCAUAGAUGGUCUCUUCUUCUGAGGUGUGGAAUUUGAUCAUGCAAGGUUUCUGUUUACUGAAAGCAUAUGGUGGGCAGACUCCUGCUCCUUAUUCUCCUCCUUUUAUUAAAAUAAUUUAUUUUCAGUAACAAGGGCUCAUCGCUAUUUAUUGGAUGUCUUUUGCACUAACCUAUAACCAUUCUUCAGGAGUUCUAGGUUCAGGCUCAGGUUUUUGUUCUAGUAUGCCUGGGUAAAACCAAAGAUAUAGCAGCAGUACUACAGAUCAAUUCAAGUCAUUUUUAUUUGUAUUUAUAAAUGUAUCGUAUUUCAUAAACUUCGGCAACAAAUGUGCUUCCCCCCAAAAAAAAUGUGUG